UGAUUAUUUAUUACAGCAACUGCAAGAAACUCUAGAACCUCUGGUGUAAUGAAACACCAUAAAAGGCUAUUCUAAAAACUUUCUCAGAGGCAAUGCUCGUUUCUGAUAAGACUGAAAAUUGAAGACUUCUCCAAAUGCUCAUUGAUGACGGGAGGAAGGCAUCUGCUGCUCCUGGCAGUGUUCGUGCUUCUGGCAAGAUGUCAGCAAAAGCCGGAAGUUUCUAUGUCACCCAGAUUAUUGCAGAUCUUCACUGGGGACAUAUUUUAUUUAAACUGUGACAACAACACAGGAGGGAGCAGAGUGAAAUGGUACAUCGAUGACAAUGAGCAAACGCAGACGAACAAAACCUGGAAGAUAGCAGUUGCAGCCCCCAAGCACUCGGGCUCUUAUAAGUGUGAGAGCAAUGGGCUUAAAAGUGACGCCUUUCCCAUCGUCGUCCUGGAAUACAUUCCAAGAGCAUCACUGAUCAUGAAGACAGGCCAGCCAGUGAUGCGGAAUGGAGGUUCAGUGAUCCUGCAGCUUGACAACGACGACGGCCUGCAGGGCUGGAACUGCUGGGUCUACAGGGGACAGGGGAGGACAGGGGAGAGGAGGAUUAAGUUGAGGUUGAAGAAUGACAGCGUGAGUCUGGACUUUCAACCCACCAGACUGAUGGUCCCCGAGACCAUUUUCUGGUGCAGUGAUAGUACUCAGCAACACAGAAGUAACCAAGUCAUGGUCAGGACCUCAGAGAAGGAGGUAUCGCUGGAAAUGUAUCCAUUUCCUGCUGUAGCUGGGGAGAAUCUGAUUCUGAGGUGCCUUGUCUGGGGCACAGACCAAAUAACCUACACUCUUUUCUACAAAGACAAUGAAAUCAUUCAAGGAAGUACGAAUCCCAGCAUCAAAAUCUCUGACGUGACAGAAGUUACAGAGGGGCUAUAUAAGUGUGAUGCCACCUUCACAUACAAGGCCCGCACCGAAGGACAACCGUACAAAGUGGCCUCUGAUGCUCAAGAUUUGUUUGUCCAAGCGGUUCCUAUGAAGGCGUUCCUCUCCGAAAACGUCGGCCUGUCGUGCUCUUGUCCACAGUGUCCCAGUGACGGCUUCUAUCGCUGGUACAAGAACAGUGAUGACGGUCAGCCAGUAUGGCUCACAGAUUCAAGCACAGGAUUCAUGAUGAUGAAAGAGAGUGGUUCUUAUGCUUGUAGAGCUGUGUGGAAACAAGGGAUGUCUUCUCUCAGCAACAGCUUUGUGUAUCAACCACCAAUCAAAACCAUUUUAAUAACUGUGGUAAUCGUGCUGGUGAUUCUAGGUUUAGCAAUUACAGCUGCGGCCUAUUUUCUAUGGUAUAAGAAGAGAAAUGUCACAGGACCAAUAUAUGAGGAUGUGGCGCUGAAGUCACAGGACAAAGGUGAUGACAAAUACGAGUCACUGCAGCAGCCACGUGGUGCCCAAAGGGAGGCCGAGUAUGACACCCUUCGCCCAGAAGCAACCGACAGUGGAAAGAAAGACAAUAAUUAUGAACCACUGAAGAAAGGGGAAAUGAAAGAAGGGGUGUACCACACCCUGGGAAUGGAGGGGGCAGCAGGAGGAGCAGGGGGAUACGAAGCACUGAGGAAGGAGGAAAUGAAAGCAGAGGUAUACCACACUCUGGGAAUGGAGGGGGCAGCAGGAGGAGCAGGAGGAUACGAAGCACUGAGGAAGGAGGGAAUGAAAGAGGGGGUAUACCACACCCUGGGAAUGGAGGGGGCAGCAGGAGGAGCAGGAGGAUACGAAGCACUGAGGAAGGAGGGAAUGAAAGAGGGGGUAUACCACACCCUGGGGAUGGAGGGAGCAGGUGAUCUGGACAAAAUAGUGGAGGAAAAGAUGUAGGCAAAGGCAGAGGAGCAAAAGACAACCAUGAAAGGAAAGAUAGGUCUCAUUAGCUUUUAUAUUGAAGAAAAAUCCCAUUUCCCACAAGCCAGCAAAGUCAGGCAAUGUCUUGGUCACAAUCAUGAAGCUCAAAUUCUAUGAUUAGACAAAAGUUAUUAGUGCCAUACAGAAAAUGUAAGCAACACAAAAGUCAAGUUAAAACCAGAACAAGACUACCAAAUAACACAAUAAAUAAGAAUAUGCUGCGUAGUGCAGCAACUAACAAGUCUGACCAGUAUUUAAUAAUUAUAGUAAUUAUGUUAAUACGAAUAUUCUGGAAGAUGUAAAUUGCCAUCACAUCUCACCAGAAGAGAAAAUGAUGCAUUAUGUCAAACAGUCAAAAAUGAAAGUAAGCAAAGCCUUACACUCAGUCAAGCUCUCAGGCAAACAAGUGUUACUACACGUUAGUCCAUCUUUAGCCAUUUGACUGUUUGACAGCAAUUUGACCAUUAUUUAUUCAUCCUAUGAUGAAUAAAUGGUGCAUGAUGAAACUUUUAAAAAUCAGCUUUCAGUGAUGGUAAUUUCACAUUUUUCAAGCAAAAAAGUACUUCUCUUCUGUUUCCUUGUAAAAACACGCAGGGUCAUUUGUGCAGCGAUGCAGAGUAAUUACUUGUUUGAUGUUUGUCAUAAUGUAUUUGCCUUGCCAACGCUUUUUGUAUUGUUUUAUUAUUUGUGCACAUAAGAAAUAUUUUAAUAUUGAAUAGAUUCCACUUUUGCAUUCAAAUGUAAAAACACUUCAUAUUCCAGUGUGUAUGCUGACCAGACAUCAUCUUAAUAUGCAGUGCAAAUGCAGUAGUUAAAGAGAGAGAGAGAGAGAGAGCUUCAUUUGUAUCUUAUGUGUUGAAAUAAAAAUAUUUUGAUUGAA